UACCAUAGGACGAAUCAAUCAGAAGCCUCGUUUAAGGAUAUUAUGUAGUCUUUCUCAGUCUAUCUCGAUUCCUUGGGUUAAUUUGUAUUAUUGACGUAAUUGUGAACGUUGUAAUUACGUUUGUGCGUGCAUACCAUAAGAUUAAAAAAAUAUUUCUAUUACGAUAUAUAUAUAUUAAUUAAUAAUCAACAUGAUCAUUCCUGUGAGGUGUUUCACUUGUGGAAAAGUUAUUGGAAACAAAUGGGAGGCAUAUCUUGGCUUACUACAGGCAGAGUACACCGAAGGUGAUGCUCUUGAUGCAUUGGGUUUGAAACGAUAUUGCUGUCGCCGAAUGCUGCUUGGACAUGUGGAUCUUAUUGAGAAACUACUUAAUUAUGCACCUUUAGAAAAAUAAAUAUAUAUAUAUAUAUGUAUGUAUAUAUAAAUGUAUAUAUAUAUAUAUAUGAUAGUUCGAUAAGCAUUUUGUUCAGCAUAGUUUCUCAUAUUGAAUCAUGAUUUAUAAUAACAUUAUCAUAAUAAGAUUUACUAUGUAUAAAAGUCUAA